ACAUCCGGUGCUGCCGGCGCUCGUGUGCUGUGACUUCACACUCUGCUGGCGAGCAGGCGGAGAGGAACGGCAUCCGAAAAAAGCGACUUGGAAAAACUACUUAGCGAGCUCCCCGUCUCGGCCUUGAGGGGGCACCAGCAUGAGUCAGGAGUCACUGGAGUCUGAUGGAGACUCUGCUCAGGAUGUAUGUGACUUUAACUGGGAUGACUACCUGGAGGAGAAUGGAACCGUGUCCGUGCCCCAUCACGCCUUCAAACAUGUGGACCAGGGUCUGCAGACAGGUCUGACUCCAGGCAUGAAGCUGGAGGUAUGUGUGCGCUCAGAGGCCGACAGCCCGUACUGGGUCGCCAACAUCAUCACCACAUGUGGCCAGCUGCUGCUGCUACGCUACGAGGGUUACCAAGAUGACCGCCGUGCGGAUUUCUGGUGUGACAUCAUGACGGCAGACCUCCACCCACUGGGCUGGAGCCGCCAACAUGGAAAGACCAUGAGGGCCCCUGAGGGUGUGCGUGAGAAGCACCAGGACUGGGAGGCUCUGCUGGAAAAGGCUCUGGCUGAGGAGUGCAGCGUGCCUGCCAACCUACUGGAAUUGCCCCAGCGUGGCAGACACCCAGUGGAGCUCCUGUGCGCAGGCUGCUAUGUGGAGCUCCAAGACAUCGCUGACUCAGGGCUUGCCUGGGCUGCUGAGGUGGAGGAGAAUGUUGGAGGACGACUGAAGCUGCGCCUGGUUGGCACAGAGGGCCUGCCAGACACCCCUGCAACCGUCUGGCUCUUCUACCUCCACCCACGCCUCCACCCACCCGGCUGGGCCAAAGAGCAUGGCUGCACCCUCAGGCCUCCCUCAGAUCUGUUGGCACUGCGGACAGAGGAGGAGUGGGAGGAGGUGAGGCAGAGGAUCAGUGACCUGCCUCAGGAUGAAGCUCUGACUGCAGAGCUCAGUAAGGAUCAGCCUGCCGUCCCUGCUCAUUGUUUCAAGGAAGGGAUGAAACUGGAGGCUGUUGACCCUGCUGCUCCUAUUUCCAUCAGACCUGCCACUGUCACCAAGGUGUUCAGUGAGCAGUACUUCCUGGUGAAGAUGGAUGACCUUUGUGGUAUCGAAGAGUCAGAAGGUGCAGGGCGGUCCUUCCUGUGUCACAGAGACAGUCCAGGGAUCUUUCCUGCUCAGUGGAGCCUCAAAAAUGGACUCACUCUCAGCCCCCCACCAGGAUACCAGGGUCCAGACUUCGACUGGGCAGAUUACCUGAAACAGUGUGAGGCUGAAGCUGCUCCUCAGCACUGCUUCCCAACUGAGCAGUGUGACCACAGCUUCAAAGAGGCCAUGAAACUGGAGGCUGUCAACCCGCUGUCACCUGAGAACAUUCAUGUGACAACAGUCACCCGGGUCAAAGGCCAGUACAUUUGGCUCAGUCUGGAAGGGCUGAAGCAGCCCAUGCCAGAGCUGAUCGUACAUGUGGACUCUCUCGACAUCUUCCCUGUCAGCUGGUGUGAGACAAACGGCUAUCCACUCGUCCAUCCCAUCAAACCCUUAGUCGAGAAAGAAAGGAAGAUUGCUGUCGUGCAGCCAGAGAAACACAGAACUCUACCAAAGUCUUUGUCACCUGACACUAUAAGGCAGCAGAUGGCCAACCAGUCGGAAACAGGACAUGGGAACGGGAAAUACUGCUCUCCCAAGAUCUACUUCAACCACCGCUGCUUCUCUGGGCCCUACCUCAACAAGGGACGCAUCGCUGAGCUGCCUCAGUUCAUCGGCCCUGGAAACUGUGUCCUCGUCCUCAAAGAGGUAUUGACUCUGCUGAUAAACUCUGCCUACAAGCCAAGUCGCGUGCUGAGAGAGCUGCAGCUGGACCAGGAGAGCCGCUGGCAAGGCUAUGGAGAGACACUCAAAGCCAAGUACAAGGGGAAGAGUUACCGGGCCACUGUGGAAAUAGUGCGCACUGCAGACCGUGUGGCAGACUUCUGUAGGAAAACCUGCAUCAAGCUGGAGUGCUGCCCGAACCUGUUUGGACCUCGCAUGGUUCUGGAGCGCUGCUCUGAGAACUGCUCUGUCCUCACCAAGACCAAAUACACGUAUUAUUAUGGUAAGAAGAAGAGUAAACGUGUGGGCCGUCCACCGGGGGGCCACUCCAACCUGGAGGGUGGAGUGAAGAGAAGAGGCAGGAGGAGGAAGAGGAGGAAGCAGCUCUUUGUCCAUAAGAAGAGACGCUCCUCAGCCUCUGUGGAUAACACACCUGCUGGUUCUCCACAGGGCAGUGGAGAGGAAGAGGAUUUAGAUGAAGAUGAUUCUCUGAGUGAAGACUCUGGCUCAGAGAUGCAGGACGAUCUCCAGGAUGAUUCUGAACAAUCUGUUGGCAAGUCUCGGGCAACCACACCAUCCCCCUCCCCGCCAGCGACACCCAGGCCCACACGCCGACGCCGGAAACCACGCUCACCCUCUUUCUCUGAUGAUGAGAACCGCCCUCCAUCACCAAAGACCUCAAAGACUGAGCCUCCUCAAAAGUUGUGUUUGGACACCAGCCCCCUGGAGUGGAGCGUUACUGAUGUAGUUCGCUUUAUCAGGAGCACUGACUGUGCACCUCUUGCAAGGAUUUUCUUGGAUCAGGAGAUUGACGGACAAGCUCUGCUCCUGCUGAACCUCCCGACGGUGCAGGAGUGCAUGGACCUGAAGCUGGGACCGGCCAUCAAGCUGUGCCACCACAUCGAGAGGGUCAAACUGGCAUUUUAUCAACAGUUUGCCACGUAGCUGACGGGGAAUGAACAUUGAUGGACACGACUACAUCCUGUUCUGUGUAUUAAUCCUGUGAAAACACUGUAUUUUCCCAUUUUGACUUUUCUUACACUGGACAUCCUUUAGAAUCCUGCGUAUACAUGAGGCAUGAAGACAAGAGGGUCCUGAUCCUUGAGGGGGGAAAGAAGAGAUACUGAUCAAAAAUAGUAGAGGAGCUCAUUACGAGAGAAAAGCACAGGCGAGGACUGAAAGAGAAGAAUUCAAGGCCCUUUGUCACAAAUAAACCUAAAAGCCUUUAUUAAAUCAAACAUAUUUGGACUUUAGUCUAUCAUGGAAGACAUGCUUCUGAGAUAAAACAAGUCGGUUUCUCACCAUGUUCUUACGAGAACCUUUUUACCCUUGUGUCUUCUGAACGCCUUAGAUUCUUGUCUGCUGGAGUCAGAAAAUCUUGUGAUUUCACACUGAAAUAAUUUUUCAUCAGAAAAAAGAUAAACAUUUGUGUACACUGAAGAUAUGACAGCUGACUCACUGAAGCACUUAAAAUCGACACAAUUAUUUUUCACAAAAUUAGUUUCACUGCAUGAACUCCAAGCUGUAUCUAUAAUUUAAAUAGCCUAUUUGGCCUUUUAAUUGGUGAUAAUUGUAAUUAUGAAAAUGAAUUGUACACAGAUAAAAGCCUGAAAGCCGAGGGUAACAGUAAGGUAGAUAAAUGGUUAUAGCAAAUCUGAGUCAUUGUUGGUUAUUUAAGUGUGAACACCAGACACAUGUCAGCUCCACAACAAAUGCAAUGGGUUCUUCAUCUCAUGACAUCAAACUGCUUUCUCCUUCAAGUGUCUGUGAAUACCAGUCUGCAGGGCGAGGGUUCAGUAAUGGAAGCACAAGCAACACCAUGUACUGUUGGAUGGUAUGCAAAUAUGAUGGUGCAUGUUUGUAUAUAGUGUACAUAAUCAAAUAUCUUUUAGAGCAACAGGGUGUUAAGAAAACUAUUGAGCUGUUAACUUUCUGCAUAAGCAAUGAGCAGAUGCCCUGAAUACACAGGCACAUGAUGUUUGCACAUAAUAUGCCAACACCUCCUCACACGGGGAGGGGUUAACAAAUUCAGCUUCAGUGGAUUAUUUGAGCCAUUUCAUAUCUUUGAAUAGUUGUUAUUUUUAAACAAUUUAACUUGAUGGGCAGUUUCAAAGCGAGAAGCUUUUCUCUAAAUGUUUUUGUAUCUGAGUUGUUCCUCUCUUUACCAGUUCCUGUAGCGUGGUUUAUUGUCAUGUGCUUCAUUUUGUGUGAGAAAACCCUGCAGUGGGAGUUGUUUACUCAUGUGCUUGUACUUACAGCAAUGGAACAUAUUGUUAUAUCAUGUUUAAAAAGAUUAUUACAGCUAUUUAAUGAGAAAUCUGCAAUAAGAAAAUUAAAAAAAAACAAAAAAAA